AUGAUCGCAUUGGGACUGUUCUUCAUUCUACUUCUAACAGAUAUCUGUGAUGCUGCGAAGCGUCGCAGAGGGUGCGGUUGCAAGCAUGUGUUGGGACACACAAUUCAACACAGAAUUUGUAAAGAGAAGUGUCGACUGAGAAGACAUUACUUGUUCGAUUGGACUAAAAAUCCUCCGAUAAACCCGACCAAAGAUCCUAAGGUUUUUACCUUGUUGUCGUCGGCUGAACAGAUGUUAUUUUGA